AUGGGCAACGAAAAUUCGUCGAUGGUGAAAAUUCGAAAAUUCUCGAAAGGAGAAAAAGAGCCAAGUGUGAUUAUUGAAUGUGUGGAUGGUAAAAUGUAAGUUGCCGGGUUUUUUGGUUUAGAAGAACUUAUUAGGAUGAGCAAUCAUUUUUUGAAAUCGGCUAAACUUGUUUCAGGAUAAGAUGACAUUUGGCCAAAAAAUUCUAGAACCGGUAUGUACCUGAGAGCCAAGUUGCAGAGCUCCAGAACCCGGAAAAUUCACAGAUUUGGCCCCAGAGCUGCUCUCAAAGAAGUUUUCGUUUAGGUGCCAAAUCUGUAGAUUUCCUGAUUUAAACCCUUGUAAGCUUAAGCUAAGUUAAGUUAAGUUACUUUUCUAAAUCCCGAAAAAUCUUCAGGUUCGGCCCAAAACAAAAACUUCUUUAAGAUUUCUUCUCUGUGGUCAAAUCUGUAGAUCUUCUGGAUUCUGGACCCUGGAACUUGGCUCCGCUCCUAGGAAUUUGUGAUCAAAAAAAAUUUUCCAAAGUUCCAAAAGUUUUCUAUCUCUCGAAUUCCCGAAUGACGUUUCUGCAGCUCUUUAUGAAAUAAUCUAUUUUCAAAUUCCAAACUUUUUUUUUUCUACAAUUAUUAUAUUUUUCUCAUUUUCCUGCUGGUCUCAACGUCAAAAUAUUCUCAUAAAUAAUAAUUUGAAUAUUUUAUUUCGGUUUCGCGCCAACCUUGAUUUCAUGUAAAUAAAUCUCUGAUUUCUGUAAUACAAAUUCGAUUUCCUUUUCGAACCCUUUCAGUCUGAGAUCUGAAGAACAAAAAGAAUAGCAGAAGCUUAACAAGAAGGCAAGGGUAAAUUGAAUUUUUUGCAUGACUAUGAUUUUGGGCAAGGCACAUACACACAAAAAAAGAAAAGACACUAGUUUAUCCCCCCGUUUCUUCUUUUUUUUUCUUCAGCUCCAGAUUUUUGUUCCAGCUUUUCUUGAUACUUAUUUUGGUUUUCGUUUGGUUUGUUUUUCUUUUUUCUCAUGUGCUUUGGACCCUUUUUCUUAUUUCCAACAACUAUGAAAAAUAAAAUAGAAAAAUAAACCUUCUAGUAAUUUUCCCUCUCCUUCUUCCACCACAAAAAUUCCACCCACCCCCAUGUAUAUAUGUAAAUAACCUCAUUUUCAGCCAGCCAACCAGCUAUUUUUUUCUUUUUUUUUCAGAAUUCUAUUUUUUCUUCUUCUUCUUCUUCUUUUUUUUUUGUUUUCCUAACGAACCAAAACCAAGUUCGUCAUCAAUUUGGCUGAUUAAAAAAUUGAAGAAGAAGCCUAAAGUUACGCCCACAAAUUUUCUGUAACAAAUGAGAAAAAGGUUUUUUUGGUUUGAGAAUGUGUUGCGUGACCCUUUCAUUUUCAUUAUUAUUUUUUUUUUGGUUGCACGAAACAUCUUCUGGAUUUUUUCAUUUUUAGCCAUUUUCAUAUUUUUCGAGCAAGUUAGUUGAUAUCUUGGGUUUUGGCUUUAGGCCUAUAAGUCUACUAAAAAUUAGCCUAACUCUGCGAAUUUCGGAGACGCCCUAAAUUAAGGCCGGAACCCUAGAUACCUCGAAUCAGUGCCCAAAACCUAGACAUUCUGAAUUAGUGCUUUUUUUGAAUUAGUGCUAGCUUUUUUUUUAAACAAAAAUAUUUUAAUUAUUCGAAAUUCAUUAAAAAAUAAGAAUUAUUUAUCCACCGUGUUUCACAGUUUUAACAAACUUUGAAAUGUUUUUACUAAUGUUUGAAAAGUUUCCAAGAGGAAUUAGCCUAACUAAUUUCCAUCUCCCAAUCCAUCUUCAACUCAAAUUAGCCAAAAAAAAAAAUAAUUUCUAGCCAUCCCCCAACAGUUCUCCGAAAAAAAUCCUCGCGUCGUCGAAGUGUCAGUCAAUCUCGUCUCCCUCUCGACGCCAACGAAACCCUCUCAAUAACCGGCAGCAACAACAAAUCGAAAUUCGGCGCACCCCCAAUUCCUCAACUCAUUCAAACUCAACUUUCUGUCGACGACGCAAUUAGCAUCGGGUCGAGAAAAAGUUCAGGUAUUCUUUUCUUUUUUGAUUUGUUAGGUACUUAGAAACAAACAGGUUCAGCUGCUCGUUUGUUUCAAAUUUUCAGCUGCGUUUUGACAUUUAGCUAAAGUCUUAGGCUUAGCAAAAAUUUUAGGCUUGGUUAAUAAUUUAGGCUUAGUCCCUUAGGCUUAGGCUCACCCUUAGGCUUAGCAAAAGCUUUAGGCUUAGCAAAAGCUUUAGGCUUAGCUAAAGGCUUAGGCUUAGCAAAUAUUUUAGGCUUGGUUAGGGCUUGGUUAAUAAUUUAGGCUUGCAAUUAGUUAAUGACCCUUAGGCUUAGCAAAAGCUUUAGGCUUAGCUAUAGGCUUAGGCUUAGCUAAAGGCUUAGGCUUAUCUAAAUUCUUAGGCUUACAAAGUCUUAGGCUUGUGAGUCAUUUCAAAUACACAUUUUUUCAGUUAGCAAUUUCCGUUUGUCAAGCGACGGAUCUGGCGAUUCACUUCUAAGCCCGCUUCAAACAACGGAUCGACGAAGAAGUAGAAGUUUGUGUUCGGCACAAAUGAAGGACGAUGCUCAGGUUAGUGAAAAAACGGAAGGAAGCCAUAACAAACACAAUUCCACGAAGAAGGAAUACAAAAUGAUUAUCCUAAAUUUUUUUCCUUUUUUUUUUUUGAAAAGUGGGUGGAGAAAGAGUGCUCGGCUUCUCUUGAUUAAAUAUAAUCCUUCCAAAAAAUCCUUCGAAAAUCUUUUCCAUUUCCAAUUCACUUUUUUUCCCUAUCUAUCUAUUUACCAUGUCAAAUAUCACAGUUAUUGGAGCACUUCGUUUUGUGUUCCAAUUGAAACGAGUGAGUAAUCGUUUUUGUCAGUGAGAAGGGUCCUUGAGCAAAACUUGUUUAACCGGUCAAUGUGUGCUCAUGUCAAAAAGAAGUUCCAUUUUUCAGGCAGUUGCCAAUCAACACAAUAAAGAGAAAGAGGAGAAAACGGGUGGUUCGAGCAGUACGGCGAGAAAAGCGAGCAGUGGAUUGGUUCCGUCUUUGAAUCGAUUACGAAUUCAACAAUGCUACAAAACUGCCAAGUAAGUGAGAAAAUCAAUAAUUGUUGUGCAUUAGAGCGAAUUUUGCCUAUUUUGUGUAAGGUGUCUGUGUUUUAACGGAAGAAUUUUCGAUUUCAAAUCAUCAAAUUCUCGUCUCUUUUCUAGACCUUCAAUCGGCGAUGCAAUAAUGAAAAGAGCCGCCGCAACUCGAGCCGAAAUGCGCAAUUUAUUGGCAAAAAUGAACGACAAACAGAUUGAAUGCCUCGGAAAACAAAUGUAUGAAUUGAUCACAAAUGCGGUGGAGAACGCGGACAAAUCCGAUAAGGUAUUUUAUUUUUAUUAUUUUUCUACAUAGAUAUUUUUGUUCUCUGAAUAAAUAACUAAUUGUAAAAUACAAAUACAAAUUUUUAUUUACUACUUCAAUAUUUUCAUUUUUAAAAUGGGAAAAAAAAUAUGGAUUAGAGAAUUCGGAAGCCUUUCAAUAAUCUGAUAUCAUUGUUUAUUUGAGCUCAAAGUGCAAAAGAAUUUCUAUUUUCCAUUCCACGUCAAUGAAUUUAAAGAUAAACAAGAUCCGCUGAGGGCCAAAUUUCAGAACAACAAUAUCCAUUUUGCAGGUUCUUCAACACGCUCGUCAAUUCGGUGAAACCUAUGCCGCCCUCGUUCCUCUCGGCUUCCGCCCCGAUCUCUUUGCUCCGCUCGCAGACGCGGCAAUCGCUGAAUGCGUCAAAUUAGACGGAGUUCACAAACGAUGUGAAACGCUUUCCGCGUGGAGUCAAUUAUUUUCCGCAUUGUUUAGUGCAGUUCGUGAUGGUUAUUAUCAACGAGUUCGACAUCAAAGAAGAACUUCACUCCCUCAAAAUACGAUCACUAAACAGGUUAGGAUAUUGAAAAAUAUAUUUCUAGAAAUUAAUUUUUUUGUUUUCAGCUUUCUGUGGAUUUCUCAAAAACUGGCGAUGUUUCGAUAGUCCGAUAA